UGGCACCCAGGAUGGCAGUGCAAAAAAGGAUGAGGAUUUCAAGGGCAAGUCCCAGAGGCAGGUCCAGUUCAACCCGGGGCAGACCACAGCCAUGUGGCGGGUUCGGAUCCUGACUGAUGGGAAGUAUGAGCAGGCUGAGACCUUCCAAAUUUUGCUGUCAGAGCCGGUGAUGGGUGUAAUGGAGUUUCCUGUCGCGGCAACAGUUGAGAUCCUGGAUCCUAAUGACGAGUCGACUGUGUUCUUCCCGGAGCAGAUGCACUCAGUGGAGGAGGAUGUUGGGGAGCUUUUCAUCCCGGUGCACCGCAGCGGAGACAUCAGCCAGGAGCUCAUGGUGGUCUGCUUCACACAGCAGGGUUCAGCCACUGGGACCAUUCCCACCACCGUCCUUUCAUACUCGGACUACAUCUCCCGUCCAGAGGAGCACGGCAGCAUCCUCCGCUUCGACAAGGGCGAGAGGGAGAAGCACUGCCGCGUGGUGGUCAUCGACGACUCUUUGUACGAGGGCGAGGAGAGCUUCAACGUCACUCUGUCGCUGCCUGUCGGGGGCCGUCUCGGGAUGCACUACCCAACCACCAAAGUCAAUAUCUUGGAGGACAUGGGCGACGUUCCUGUGUUUUACUUCGGAGAGGUGGAGUACAACGUGGAUGAGAGUGAUGGGUUUGUGGAGGUCAAAGUGUGGAGGACAGGAACGGAUCUGUCAAAGACCGGCACUGUCACCGUGCGCUCUCGCAAGGCCGAGCCCGUCUCUGCUGAAGCCGGCAUUGACUAUGUGGGCAUCAGCCGUAACCUGGACUUUGCCCCCGGUGUAAGCAUGCAGACGUUCAGGGUCACCAUCCUGGAUGAUCUGGGACAACCUGAGCUGGAGGGAAUGGAGAGCUUUGAGCUUGUCCUACGUAUGCCAGUGAACGGCAUUCUGGGAGAACCCGGGAAAGCUGCAGUCUUCAUCAAUGACUCAGUGUCUGACUUGCCGAAGGUCCAGUUCCGUGAGCCCGUGUACACCGGAGAGGAGAGCGACGGUCAGAUCACAGCGACAGUGUACCGCAGCGGAGACAUCAGACACAAAUCCACCGCCCGCUGCUACACCCGGCAGGGCUCUGCGGAGGUCGCCUCUGACUUUGAUGAGCGAUCCAACACGGAUGCGUCUAUCAUCACUUUCCUGCCAGGCGAGACAGAGAAGCCUUGUGUUCUGUCACUGGUUGAUGACACGCUGUACGAGGAAGGAGAGGAGCUGCGGUUGGUCUUAGGGAACCCGAAGAGCGACUCACAGUUUGGCGCGUCAGUGGGAGCUCUGAGUGAGACCCUGCUGAAAAUCAAGGACACGGCUGACAAACCCAUCAUCCGAUUUUUGGAAUCAAAGUUCAGUGUCAGUGAACCGAAAGAAGCCGGCACAGUAGCAACUGUGAGGGUCCCUGUGGUACGAGUUGGAGACACAUCAAAGGUGUCCGUUGUUCGCGUUCACACCAAAGACGGGUCAGCUGUCUCAGGAGAGGACUACUACCCCGUGUCUCAAGACAUUGAGUUCAAAGAGGGGGAUAAGGAACAUAUCGUGGAGGUGGAGGUGCUGUUUGAUGGAGUCAGAGAGAUGAGGGAAGCCUUUACUCUCCACCUGAAGCCGGAUGAAAACAUGGUGGCUGAAACUCAGGUAACUAAAGUGAUAGUGUACAUCGAGGAGACAAACAGCAUGGCUGACGUCACCUUCCCCUCGCUGCCACAUGUGUUGUCGCUGCUCCAUUACGACGACGUCGCCAUGACCUCAGACAACCUUCACCCACCAGCUGGAUACCCAGUCAUCUGUGUCACGGCGUGCAACACAAAAUACCCAGACUACGACAAGACGGGCUCGAUCUGUGUCAGCGAGCACAUCAACAACACUCUCACCCGCUACCGCUGGCUCAUCAGCGCCCCAGCUGGCCCCGAUGGCGUCACCAGUCCCAUGAGGGAGGUGGACUUUGACACCUUCUUCACAUCCUCCAAGAUGAUCACACUGGACUCGGUCUACUUCCACGCAGGCUCCAGGAUCCAGUGUGCAGCCAGGGCUGUUAAUUCAAAUGGGGAUGAGGGUUUAGAGCUAAGCAGCCCCAUUGUCACCAUCAACAUGCAGGAAGGCAUGUGUCAACCACGUAAGAUGGGGACAGUCGGCGCCGAGCCUUUCUCCGCCAAGCUACGCUACACUGGAGCGGACGACCCAAAACACCCCAACCUCAUCAAAGUGACUGUCACCAUGCCGCACAUGGAUGGCAUGCUUCCGGUAAUCUCCACUCGCCCCCUCAUGAACUUUGAUCUGACUCUCAGUCCCGACGGAACCCGGGUUGGAAACCACCGCUGCUCCAACUUGCUCGACUACAACGAGGUCACCACAGGUCACGGCUUCAUCACUGCCUCGACGCGCAGCCCUGAGAGUAUGGGAGACACGGCGCCCUACCAGUUCAGCGACUCCCUGCGAGGGAACAGCACGCUGCGCUUCUACAGGAACCUGAACCUGGAGGCCUGUCUGUGGGAGUUCAGCAGCUAUUACGACAUGUCUGAGCUGCUCACAGACUGUGGAGGCACCAUAGGGACCGACGGACAGGUGCUGAACCUGGUCCAGUCCUAUGUGACCCUGCGCGUGCCUCUCUACGUGUCUUAUGUGUUUCACUCUCCUGUGGGAACCGGAGGCUGGCAGCACUUUGACCUGCAGUCAGAGCUGCGCCUCACUUUUGUGUACGACACGGCCAUUCUGUGGAAGGACGGCAUCGGGAGCCCCCCGCAGGCCGAGCUUCAGGGUGCGCUGUAUCCAACCAGCAUGCGGAUCAACGAGCAGGGACGGCUGGUGGUGAACUUCCGCACCAAGGCUCGAUUCAGGGGUCUGUUUGUGCAUUCUCAUUCUGGAGGCAGAAUAAAAAGAGAAACCUCCAUGUCCUCCAUGGUGAUGAGUGUGGACCACCCGGGCCUGACUUUUAACAUCACCUUAGUGAGGAGUGAGCCCACAUACAACCAGCCAGUCCAGCAGUGGACCUUCACCUCUGAUUUUGCUGUGAGAGACUACUCUGGGACCUACACCGUGAAGCUGAUCCCCUGUACAACAGCCCAGAAUAUGGAAUACACUGUCCCACCUGUUUGCAGCCCCAGAGAUCCAAUCACAUUCGACCUGGACAUCAGAUUCCAACAGGUGAGCGACCCAGUUGCAGUGGAGUUCAGUCUGAACACUCAGAUGUUCCUGCUGUCCAAGAGGAGCUUGUGGCUCUCUGACGGCUCCAUGGGUUUCGGUCAGGAGACUGAUGAAGCCUUUUCUGAGGGUGAUACAAUCUACGGCCGUGUGAUGGUGGACCCUGUGCAGAACCUGGGGGACUCGUUCUUCUGUAGCAUUGAGAAGGUGUUCCUCUGCACCGGUGCGGAUGGAUACGUACCAAAGUACAACCCCACCAAGUUUGAGUUCGGCUGCUUGGCUGACUCUCCAUCACUGCUCUAUAGAUUCAAGAUUCUUGACAAGGCUCAGCCAGAGACUCAGGCGCGUGUGUUUGGUGAUGUUGGUUUUAAUGCUGUGCUGGCAGUGGAUGACCCUUCAGCCUUGUCCCUCGUCAGACAGCCGGGGUCUGAUGGCUUUAAGCUGGACUCUACAGCCAUGUUCCAGGUUGCUGCAGGCCGUGAGUGGUACAUCCACACCAUUUACACCGUCCGCUCCAAAGAGAAUGCUAACAGAGGCAUCGGAAAGCGCAGCCUGGAGUAUCACUCCUUUGUUUCAGCUGCCAACGAUCUUGCUCUGACCUCACCAAGCGGCAAAGGUCAUCGCUCCAGGAGGUCGGCCGGCGACGAAGUCCCCGUGGUGGCUGAGGAUAUCGGAGCGGAAAACAGCAGAGGCACCAAUAUCAUGCACAUCGCUUUGGACCGUACCAAGCGUGGGGGUUCCAACGAGCUGUUUUCCCGUGGGCUGGAACCGAGCGAGCUGAACGCAGAGGAGGAAGAGGAGGGUGUGGUGACCGUGGUGGGGGCACUGGUGGGGCUGCUGCUGACUGUGCUCAUCGUUGUCACCAUCGUGUUGGUGCUGAGGUCCAGACAGAAGGACGGGAAGGAGGGAUGGAGGGAGGGCGUGCAAGAGGUGGUGAAAGGGUCUGUCAGUACGGAGCCCAUGUUGGUGGUGAGGAUGCAAGACUGCCACAACAGCUCGGAGGUCUGACAAACAGAUGCAUGGAUGGACAGAUGAACACAUGGGUGAAGAGUAUGUGAGGGGAUUUUGUAAUUUUUUUAUUUGUAUUUUCAACUGUUAUUGAAUUACUGUCAUAACACCAAAAAUCUGAGACGGAUCAUAUUGGUUAUUGGGUAUGUGUAUGAUGUCUGUGGGGGGAUUUUUACAUGAUGUACCAUGACGACUGCAACGGCACCAUGGUCCUCUGUGUGUCUUCACUUCACAUUCCUAUCUGUGCUGCUGGUAGCCCGGUAUUUUCUUUUCUCACAUGCGUCCUGGUGUUAAAGUGCCUGCAGCAGUUCCACCCUUCAGAACCGGUCCCAGUCACGGAGAGAUCUUUAACCAUAAAGCUAGUGUCACGCAGGCCAAGUCUGAGAUUAAGAGCUGCAGAUGUAGCGCUGAUAGAGGGCACUGCUUGAUUUUAUGUUCAUUCAGAAAGUAAAUGUUGACCUAAAAAAACGACCCUCUCCCUACGUCAGUCAAGACUUCUCUGAAGUUAAUCAAAGUAUAAGUAGCCAAAACACCAUAUUUUAGACAAACUGCAAAAAUAAUGUUGAUUUAAUGUGCAAUGAAUUGAAGUCAACUUUUUAGGGGCUCAUUAAAUGUGUAAUUCAUGCAAAAGUCUAGCUGUUGACUAUAUUGCCACCUACUGUCGAUUCAUUGCUAUAUAAUCACAUUGUUUUGGUUAUUAUUGGGGAUUCAAAGGUAAGACUUAGACUUAGUCUAAUUUGGGUGCUAUUCAGAAUGUUUGGCCACAAAUAUUUAGGAACAUGCUGCUUUAGGCAGAUGAAUAUUCAUUUUUUGGGUAAACUUUGCCUUUAGGGCUCAUUUUCUUCUUGACAUUUUAGCUGGAAUUAUACAUAUACAUAUUAAAACAUUUUGAUUAAACAAUAUAUACUCAAAAUAAUAAGAAACACAAGAUUCUAACACUUUUUUUCCCCUAAUCUGUAAGCAAAACUUCCCGACCUUACACGUCAUUCUUGAAAGGGAUGGAUACCUCUGCAGUUACAUAAUGUGUUUCUGAGCCUGCAGCUCGUCUUUUAACUCCAGUCACUUUUAAUUUUCUUUAACCAUAUGAUGAGGAAUGUUUCCAUGGAUGUAUUAAGCAUUUAUUUUGUUGCUGCGUUGGUUGAUUAAUCUAUUUUUUUGUGUUUUAUAAGCUCAUAUUUACUUUAUAAUGUGUUGACAGUUUAUAACUGCUUCUGUUACCACAAUAUUUAAAACUAUCCAUCUUUGCGGCAUUAUUGCUCCACUAUGUCUUUCUGUGAUGUAAUAAUAUUUAUACAACUUAUCAAUACUUUGGGCAUAAUUUUUCAUAUAUUUUUUAUUGACACUGGUUAAAGUUGGUAUGUUUAAAGACACUCAGGUGUGAUUUGCUUUACACAAAAUGGACUGUGUGUUGUAACACUAUUUACUACUGAAGAGAAUCUCUGCAGAGCCACUAUCCACGUCUGUGUUACACUGCUAAUAAGUGUGGUGCUGUGAACAUGCAAAUGCUGUAUCCAUAUCUGAAGGUCUGACCCUUAAUCUUCUCACGUCAUGUUCCUGUGAGCUCUGUUGUCGCAAGUGCUGUGUGGGAUUUCAAUGUUCUGAGUCAUGUUUUUGUAACAAAGGAUGCAAAAAAAAUAGCUGCUUACAAAUGAGUAUGUCACCAUGACAAGUGUUAUGUUUGAGCCAUUUAACAUUUACCUGCUGUCUCAUUUUUCUUUGCUAUCACUGGUGAAAUUUCCUUGUUUACAUGUGUUGUUAAACCUUUGUCCUACUCUGUGAUGGUAAACAACAUGCUGAUGUCAGUGUGCCUGAAUAUUUGUCUUAUUAUGGUGUCAUCAGUCAUCACUGUAUAAUUAUUUCCAGUGUUUAUCAGGGCUAGCUAAUAUGAUGAUGAACCAGAAACCAACUGAGGUGUAACUCAGCAAGGGAUGCGAUGAUGAUACAUUCAAUAGUCUGCUAAAAACCAGCUGUGAUUUUUUUCUUUUCUUUUUGAGGGUGGGCCCUGAUAGUUUGGAAAUAACAACAUGUCUGACAUGAAAUGCACUUUUCUAAUCACAUCCCUCACAUGCCAAUCCAAGCUAUGCAAUGUAAUGUAUAUCCCACAGCCAGUUUACCCCGUGUAUAUGACAAUUUUAGCACAAACAAUCAAACUUGAUAUUCAGUUUGUGUCUUUUUAUGAAUGGGUUUUUAUGUAUAUGUAUUUAAGAAUAAAUAUUGUUGCUUA